AUGUGGUGUCAACCAACGAGGUUUGACGAGGCAAGAGAGGAGGGAGGAAUCGCACCCACCACAAUACCAUGUCCGUGCAACUUGCAAGUCUCCCUCAACUAUGCGCGUAAAAAUAGCCACAUAUUCAUUUCCAAGAUGAAAACUUUUUCCCAAAACCCAAACACUUUCCCACAACAAUCUUGCAUCGCGUUGCACAAAGUACCCGAGUAUACACGACAGCACGUGUUUAGUGUUUCUCCCUAUCAGAAGCCCACGGUGCAGGGGUACUAUCAGCAGAUUGGCACAGAGAGAGGGGGAAUGUCGUGGCACGCUACGGAGCGAGGGAGAGGGGUGCAAGGGGAAAGGAUUGCUCUCCCCAUGCAAGAUGAGAUCAAAAUCCAGGGCUUGCCCAGCACCGAGUGGGCUGCUGUUGUCCACGUUCCUGGUCUCGAAGUGUUCCUGUACCCACCUUCUCGCCCAGGAUGGUCCACCGGCGGGGCCAGGGCAGCGCUGUGUACGGCUCUGGGGCGGCCGGCAACCGAGCCGAUGUACUCUUCAUCCUGCCCCUCGCCCCCAGUCCAGAACAUGCAUGACCAGCUGUAG